UUUCACACGGUGUUGUAGUCUCGAGCGGCUGCGGCACAUUUGGAGUCCACUUCAACUAGUAAUACAAAAUUAAGAACCAGCCAAUUCAGUAACCAUGGCGAACCCCAAAGUUUUUUUUGACAUUCAUGUUGAUGGCGCACCCUUCGGCAGGAUUGUGAUGGAGCUGAGGGCUGAUGUUGUCCCCAAGACUGCCGAGAAUUUCAGAGCCCUUUGCACCGGCGAGAAGGGCUUCGGUUACAAGGGUUCCGGCUUCCACCGCGUCAUCCCCGGCUUCAUGUGCCAGGGUGGUGAUUUCACCAACCACAAUGGAACUGGUGGCAAGUCCAUCUAUGGCAACAAGUUCGCCGACGAGAACUUCACCCUGAAGCACGGAGGCAUGGGCACCCUGUCCAUGGCUAAUGCUGGCCCCAACACCAACGGUUCCCAGUUCUUCAUCUGCACCGCCGACACUGCCUGGCUUGAUGGCAAGCACGUUGUGUUUGGCAAGGUUGUGGAGGGUGUCGACAUUAUCAAGAAAGUGGAGGGAAAGGGAUCCAGCAGUGGCAAGACCAGCGCCAAGAUCACCAUUGCUGACUGUGGCCAGCUUUGAGUGGUGUCCAUCUUCGCUUCCAUCCUUCACCCCCUGACUGCCCCAGCCUCCUCCCGCUCACCCAAACCUCCGGUUUAUCGGCAUUCCUGUUCAUGUACAUUUGUUUUCUCUUUUUGUUUCUUUUUAAGAGCUACCACCCUUCUCCUUAAAUCGAAAAUACUCGUUCCAUGUUUGGUUUGUGCCUGACCUUGUGUUGUGCAUUAGGAAUGUCUUUUCAGGACCACAAUUGUUUAACAAAAGAAAAUCAGGAUUAAAGUAGGAACACGUUUCCUUGAAGAUCAAAUGUUUUCUUGUUUUGUUUUUUUUGCAAAAAAAAAAAGCAUUUAGAUGUCUGUCGCGAGAAGUUUGUUUCUUUGUAAACGGUUAGAAAAAUUGGAAUGCGUUGGUGUCUUAAGCUCUUGAUUGGAACCUUAGAAACAGAAUUGGAAUACAUGUUACCUUGAACAUCUUUCAUAGAUGGCCUCUAUGUCUGCCUUGUCAUAUCAAGGGAUCUGCAGUAGUACACUAUUGGCAAUUAUCUAAACAUCAUUAAAAAGACCUUGACUUAA